AUGAUCAAUGAAGCUCGCUUUGCCAGAGCAGAGCCGAUCAAUGCACUCACUGCCCAAGCUCUGCGGCGUAUCACUGGUGUGGGUGCAUCACCUCAUCCUAGUGAUAGCGGUAGCCCGACCAGUUACUUCACCAACAGCUCGUUUGGCCAUCAGCCUGUUACACCAGCAGACCCACAAAAUGAUGAUUGGAGCCAACGUCCAGCAAUCGCGGCGUUCGAUGGUUCUGUGAGUGGCCUGUUUUCCGGACUCGACUACGGCAAUAACCAAACCGUGUUCAACACGGGUGGUCUGAGCUCUUCUCUCUCACAACCGGGAAUACUCCGACCUAAUUUGACUCUGUUGACGGAUGUGGGACGAAGGUAUCCAGGCUUUCCGAGUCCACUUUCCCCAACAUUGAGUGCGAAGGAGCUGUAUCCCACGCCCACGUGGGAUGCAGGAAAUGCUGCAACGGCUCAUGCUCAGAGUCCUGCAAUCUGUCCUACCAGCCCCGUGAGUAUCGAUGGUUCCAGCAUGUGUGGACCUUCGACCCGCUGGAUCUCCCACAGUCAUGAGCACUUUGCCGAACAGAUAGGUUUGAUCGACAGUGUCCUUGCUCGAAGCAGCAGUAGGUGCCGAACGCGGGUACCUUCGCGUGCUUCUUCAAUAUCAUCUCUCAGUCCUGCGGGUCCCGCUAGUCCGCAACGAGCAUUGUCGCCUCGUGCAGGUAUGCUCAGAAACCUGGCUACCAAGCAGGCUCUCCGUGGCAUGCACAACACUGCUCUCUCUCCUGGUACUAGACGGCAGUCCUCAUUUGACGCCAUCAACAUGCGUCGUGACAGUGUACACAGCCACAACGGCACCCCUUCUACGCUCUGUUCGCAGUCAGUACGCUCUUUGUCUCCACGACCCAUGUGUGGUCAAACUGCGCCCCCAAUACUUCCAUCCAUCCAAAUCGCCAACGGUACGGAGUUCGAAACGGGGUCACCUAUCUCCCCCACUGGAACCAUGCUCUCGUAUACGUCCAACCGCGCCGUUGAUUCUGGGCUGCUGGCCCUUCCAGCUCUCAGCGAACCUCAGGUUGCUGAGUACCGUUUCUGGGUUCCUUGCGGACGCCGGGUUUGUGGAUUCGGUUGCGGAGGUGCACAUGAGGGCGAGAGUGCAGCAGCGAAGAAGCUGUUCAGGGAGGAAGAGAGUGUCUUGGAACAUCCGAUGGCGGCAAACGAAGGGCAUGGUCAUGGUGGCGAUGAAGACAGUUUCGAGGAGAGACAUGCAGCAAGCUUCCGAAAAAAUGAAAAGUACGAUAAGGGGGCAACGGAGACAACAGAGGCAACGGCUCUUGAGAAACGCAAGCGGGCUGAGGAAUGGAAGAGAUUCCUGAGCUGGAGAGAACGGGAUGUCAGUGUGGCUAGAGUCUGA